AUGUCAAGUAUAUCUCCAUCUCUCACUAACAUCACUGUCCAAGAUCAGAGGGUAGCAGAAAGAGUGAUGAUUUCAGUUCUAACUACACUUCCAUCCUGUGUGUUUCUCAUCAUUAAUGGGAUCAUGUUGUUCACUCUAAGGAGUAAACCGGUGUUUCGUGAGACCUGCCGUUAUGUUCUUCUUUAUAACCUCCUUUUUGCAGAAACUGUACAGCUGGGACAGAGUCAGGUUCAUUUUCUUCUUGCAGUUUUUCAAAUAACAGUGUCAUAUCCUGUAUGUACUGUUCUCAUUAUCUUCACUAAUCUCACAACUGUGGUUUCUCCUCUCACACUGGUGGUGAUGCCUCUGGAGAGAUAUGUUGCUGUGUGUUACCCACUGAGGCAUGCUGCCAUCAUCACCAUCAGAAACACAGGGGCAGCUGUCACUGUGAUUUGGACAAUCAGUUUUCUAAACAUUAUUAUUCGAACUCUGUUGUUUUUAGAACUAUUUGAAAAGUUGGAUAGUUUAGAGGUGAAAGGCCUUUGUUCUGAUAUAGCUAUACUGCUUGGGUCAAAGUCUGAUCAUUUUGACAAAGCUUUCACUAGUUUUGUGUUUGUAUCUGCUGGAGUGGCAGUCAUGUUCUCUUAUAUUGGUGUGAUAUUAGCAGCCAGGUCGGCCUCCACUGACAAAGCUUUAGCCCAUAAAGCUCGUAACACACUGGUGUUGAAUCUGAUACAGCUGUGCCUCAGCCUCUCCUCAACUAUUUAUCACCCACUGUUGAUAUCUCUUUCAAUGAUUGUUCCAAGGAUAGUACUUGUUCGCAUUCAGAAUGCUUUUUAUGUGAUUUUUAUUAUUUUACCCAGAUGUCUGACUUCUCUCAUCUAUGGACUAAGAGAUCAGACUAUCAGACCUGUCCUCACAAAUCAUCUAUGCUGUCGACUGAAACUCUCUGUUCUCAAACCAAGAAUGUGUGGCAAAAACAGGACAAGGGUGUGGCUCUGCCAUCUCCAUGCUGACAUGGAAGAGUCCUCAAAGAUCAAAACAGACGAACUGGAGUCCAACUCUGACUCAUUUGGACUUAUCUGA